AUGAAUAACUCUACAGUGAACUUCAUCACAGCUGAAACAUCUACAAGCUUCACAACUAAUUUUCUUAUGUUGUUUACCAACAUGGACAUUUCUAUGUACAGCCUCAAUGUUUUGUUUGGUCUUCCUAUAAACUCCUAUAUUAUAUGGCUCAUCAUCAAAGCAACUGGAAGUGGAGUUGCAUUGGAGUUCUUCAACCUCAAUCUCUCCAUUUCUGAGAUUGGUGUCUGUCUGAACUCCUUGUUCUCUGUUUUUUAUUACUGUACUAGGUUUUCACAUUUAAGAAUAUUAACAGAUUUUUUAUUAGGACUUUUCAUCACUGGUCGUGCUCUGUUUCAGUGUUUGAUGUGUGUUGAGCGUUACCUGGCAGUGGUUCAUCCUGUAACCUUUCUGAAGUACAAACCUCUUAGAUAUAGAGUGAUUUGCUGCACUGCAGGCUGGAUAAUUAUUUUUGGAUCUUGUUUGUGUUGCAUGUUUACUGCAGAUGUUAAUUUUCAGAUUUACAUAUGCCUCUACUCGAUUCAGCUCCUUCUCUUCUUCCUUGUCCAGUUGUUUUGUCUUGUGGCUGUUCUCAGAGCUCUGAAGCAGACAGGACCAGGAGAGAGAGCGAGAGAGCGAGAGGAAGAAAACCACAUGAAGAGAAGAGCGUUUCAUCUCAUUCUAAUAACUACUGUGACCAUGGCUAUUAUAUAUAUCCCGCUAAUUAUCUCAGGAUUCUCUUUUGUUCUUAUGCAAAAGUUUAUGGCGAAAAUGUUUUCUUUUGGUUUGGUUUGUUACGUGCUGGCUGGUUUUGUUCAACCUGUUCUUUAUCUGCAUCGAGCUGGAAAAUUCUCCUGCUUUUGUUGUCAAUUAAACAUUAAACUCCUUUAA